UGGUUUUAAUAGGAAGUAAAGAGGAGCAGCUGGGAAGGAGGCAGCUGUGGCCUGCAAGUCAGGCCAGUUCCCUUAAUAUUUUGGAGAUCUCAGCAUGGCUUUGACACAGAAGAGUUUCACAAGGCAGUAGGAAGAAGCUGGAGUUUAUAAAGCAUGCUCAAGAGUAGAAGCUCUGGCUGGCCUAGAACUAUGUACAUCAGGCUGUCCAGGAAGAAAGGAGGGCAACUCCUGGGAUGUCGGGAUUUUUUCUCUAAUAGAAUCCCUCUUUUGUCCUUAUGCUAACAGAGGCAGAUUGUACAAUUCUGGUGCCAUGACGAUGUUUUUAUAUAGAAGGAAAGCAUGGGUAGUGCUCAUCUGGUCAGUGUGUGGUUUGUGUGUUUUCUGAGUAGUCACAUGUCUCUGUUGUUUUCAUCAGCUCUGCCACCACAGUUUGCCUCUUGUUUUCCCUGUACCUUAUCGAGCUAACCUCAUGGGGAGCUCAGUCAGGACUAGAGGGCAGAAUCUGUCUUCUGUAAAGAUGUCUGUGAGCUUGAGUCCUAGCACCCUCAUAGUGUGGCUCACAAAUACCUGUAAGUCCAGUUCCAGAAAUUCCACACUACCGACCUCUGUGGGCAUCUGCACUCAUAUUUCCACACCCCCACAUAUAUAAUUAAAAAUGAUAAAAAUUAAUAUUCAAAAGGAGGUCUCUGAGAUGAAGAGAACUUGCAGAAACAAGGGUGGAAAUAAUGCUGAUGAAGAUGACGGUGAAGACCAGGGUACUGAUGUACAUGUUCUUGGCUGUGCAGGCAUAGGCCUGGGAUCAGUAAUGCCACCCAUCAUCUUCCAAAUGACAAGGGACCUUGGAGAAAGACAUCUGAGAACCAGAUGCUUGGACUAGGUCCCUGUCCUCUUUCCUGCCCACUGCAGUCUUCCUGCUUCAAGUCAGGGGCCUCCUUCCCUUUUCACACACUCAGACUAUCCCGGAGGCCCCAACACUGUUUGCUUGGGGGGGUGUCUAGCAAUCCUAGUGGCAUGGACAGGAGUAACCAAGGCUUUGGGCCUGAGCAGCUGAGGAAGGCUAGGCAGUGAAGGAGGAUCUGGCUCUUGCUAAGGAUUUGAGUUGGGAAGACCUGAGGUUCCCUCUAUCAAGGAUGCUCUUGGCAUGUGAGCACGGAGACUUCCUGCUGGACAUGUAUUGAGCUUUGCACACACAAGCAUUUGAACCCUCAAGGAAACUAUCCUACUCAAAUGCUAGGAUUGGGAAGGGGACCACUAACAGGUCAAGGAGACUGAAGAGGCUCAACCUGCCCAGGAGCUGGAGGGAGGGAGUGGGGUGGGGCUUCCUAUAGUUUGUGGUGGGAAGUGGGCAGUCUCUUUCAUUAUUCCUUUUUGCCUGCUAUUUUCUUCUUAGCAUUCAUCUCUAGCAAGUAGGUGUUUGCUUUACCAUCUGUGCGUGUCAGCACAAGGUGACAUGAUGAAAGCCUGGAUUCUGGCUUCUGAGUGCUGGAGAUGGAGGGCUGUGGUAUAUGCAGCUCUGGUCCUGAGGAGGUAGCUCUGACUGCUCCCUGAAGCUGAGGCAGCCCCAUGUCCACUCAGCCUCAGGGUCCACCAAGCAACUGUUUGCAGUCAGUGACCUGGUGCAGCCCUCUGUAAACAGUCCAGACUGCAGGGGGCUCUGGUGGGUGGUCUGCAGCCACUGCCCAUGUGGCGCAGUGGCCUUUGAUGGGGUCUUUUGAGAGGGAUGGGGGAUGCUGGGGUACAAGGGCGGGCCACACUGCUUGGCAGGCUGAGACUGUAAUUUGUGUUAUAUAUAGCAGGUGGGGCUGGCCAGCCAGGGAGGGUAGUGUGAGGCUAUAAGCAGGCCUGGCGGUGCUCAGAGAGCACGAGUCUCAUCUGGGAAGACACGGCGCUGGAACCCAUGGAUACCUCGUAUCCCCGUGAGGACCCCCGGGCUCCAUCAUCCCGCAAGGCUAACGAUGCUGCCCACACGGCAGUCUCCAUGGGAACACCAGGCCCUACACCACGAGACCAUCUGCUGUGGUCAGUCUUCAGCACGAUCUACCUGAACCUGUGCUGCCUUGGUUUCCUGGCGCUGGUCCACUCUGUCAAGGCCCGAGACCAGAAGAUAGCUGGGGACCUGGAGGCUGCGAGACAGUAUGGCUCCAAAGCUAAGUGCUACAACAUCCUGGCUGCAAUGUGGACAUUGGUGCCCCCAUUGCUGCUCCUCGGGCUGGUGGUGACCGGAGCCUUGCACCUGUCCCGGCUGGCCAAAGACUCUGCGGCUUUCUUCACCACCAAGUUUGACGAUGAGGACUAUAACUGAGAAUUCCGAGCCUGUCCUGAACCGAGGACAAUGAUGCCAGGUCACUGACCCCAGGUGCCCAACACCAGCUCCUGGGAGUCAUAGACUACCACAGCACCUUGGUCCCUGCCCAACCAUGAUCCCAGAGACCACCCUGUUGUCUACCAUGUGUAUUUGAUGCUGAUUCACUGGGACCUCUUAGACUUUACCUCUAAUCUUUCCCCCACUUACCAGGCUGAGCCUCCAUUCACAAAUAAAAGUGGCAAAUUCCAGAAA